CCUUCUUCCAUGAUGAUAGUAGCUGUCUACUGCCCGGUGAUAGCAGCUCUCUUUAUCGUUUUGAAGAUGGUGAAUUACCGUUUGCACAGGGCACUGGAUGAGGGAGAAAUUGUGGAGAGGAAUGCUAGUGAGCAUAUGGACAGAGGUGCAAAAACAGAACAAAGCAAUGUUUCAGCCAAGAGAAAAGACAGCAACGGGCCCAGUGACCCUGGUGGAGGGAUUGAGAUGUCAGAGUUCAUACGAGAAGCAACUCCCCCUGUUGGCUGUAGUUCACGCAAUUCUUAUGCUGGGGUAGAUCCAAACAACCAGGUUGGAUCUGGGUUAUCUCGUCUGGGAACAGCAGCAACCAUCAAAGGAGAUACUGACACUGCCAAGACCUCUGAUGAUAUCAGUUUAAGUCUUGGCCAGAGUUCUAGCCUAUGUAAAGAAGGGAGUGAAGAACAAGAUUUGGCAACUGAUCGGAAGCUUUUUCGUCUGGUGUCGAAUGACUCGUUUGUCUCCAUCCAACCGUCAUUAUCAUCUGGACAGGAUUUGCUGAGAGACAACAGUGACAAAGUGUGCCUCUCGAACAACCAGCUUGUGGACCAGUCUAAAACCAGUGCAUGUGACACAGAAGUAGCUUCGCUUGUAACUCUGCAUUCUCACUCCUAUAGGAAGGAUCAUAGACCACGAGGUGUACCAAGGACUUCUAGUUCUGCUGUCGCUUUUCCAGAUGCUUCACUAAAUGACUUCCCUCUCUAUCAGCAAAGACGAGGACUAGAUCCUGUCAGUGAGUUAGAAGCUUCCAAGCCCCCUUCUGCAUCCAGAGAGUCCUUGGCUGAGAACUCUUGCAUUUCAGGAGUUUUUCAAUUAGAUGACAUUCUGAAAAGUAGCAGCCCUCAACCAUUGGCUAAGAGUGGGAAGAGCAAAUCCUUGAAAGCAGACAAAAGUGUGGACAGUCUGAGAAGCCUGAGUACUAGAAGCAGUGGUUCAACAGAAAGCUACUGCAGUGGGACUGAUCGUGACACUAACAGUACCAUCAGUAGCUAUAAAAGUGAACAUACUAGCUCAACGCAUAUAGAAAGUGUGUUGUCAGAGCACGAGGAGGAAUCUCCUAGAGAAGAAAAAAAGGAUGGUAAGAAAAAAGACUGUGGUGUUGACUCAGAGGAUGACAGUAGUUCUACUGACAAAAGGACUAGUAGCGAACGGACUGCUGUGGAAGUGAGCACUAACAGUGGUGUUCAAGAGGUAAAGGGUUCUAAUGCAUCUGAUGAGAUGCACAGUCAGAAGUGUCUUGGUGCCUCUGCUUCAGAAGAGGCCAAUAAGAACCCACAUGCCAAUGAAUUGACUACGCAAGCUGACAGGCCACCUGGGAAGGCUGCUGAACAGAGAGAUGAGCAGACUGAGAAACUAGCUGUCUUAUUAGAUUCAAGGGCUUCUAAAGAAACGAGUGGAAAACAAAAAGAAGGAGAUGUUCGACCAAAAUCUUCUAGUUUAAUACAUCGAACAGCCUCUACCCACAAGUCUAGCCGGAGAAGGACAGGAAAAAAGCGGGCUAGUAGUUUUGAUUCAAGUCGGCACAGGGAAUAUGUUUCCUUCCGAGGUGUAUCUGGUACUAAACCUCACAGUGCUGUGUUUUGUCACGAUGAGGACUCCAGUGAUCAAAGUGACUUGAGCAGGACAUCAAGUAUGCAGUCAGCUCACCAGUUCAGCAGUGAUAGCUCUUCCAGCACCACCUCCCAUUCAUGCCAGUCUCCUGAGGGAAAGUACAGUGCUCUAAAGACCAAAUAUGUUUCUAAAGAACGUGGCGGCACAGACCCUGAAAAUGCUCACAAAACCCAUGUAAGCUCUGAAGGAAUUAGCAAAAAACGAUCUACACGUCGGACUUCUAGCACAAACAGUGCCAAGAAUCGUGCCAGAGUGUUAAGCCUGGACAGUGGUACUGUAGCUUGUUUAAAUGACCCAAAUAGUUUAAUGGCACCAGGUAACAUAAAACAGUUAACCACUUCAAAAUCUGAUUUGGAAGCCAAAGAAGGAGAGGUGCUAGAUGAGCUAUCUCUGUUGGGAAGGGCUUCACACUUAGAGUCAGUCACUCGUUCUAGGAAUAGCUUACCAAGCCAGACUACGUUUCCUGAAGGGGAAGAGCAAGAAUCAGCAAGUGGAGCAGCACAAGCCAGCGAGGAGACUGUCACAUUUCGUCGUGAACGCAGCACAUUUAGGCGUCAGGCAGUACGACGCCGGCACAAUGCAGGGAGUAACCCUACCCCUCCUACAUUGCUCAUCGGAUCACCCCUCAGCCUUCAAGAUGGUCAGCAAGGCCAGCAGCCCUCCUCCCAGGUCAGAGUGCAGUCCCGCCCCCCUUCCCAGGCAGCUGUGCUCGGCGCUAGCGCCUCCUUGCUGGUGAGAAAUGGGAGUGUCCACUUAGAAGCAUCACAUGCCACUGCAUCUGCUGUAGGCGGUAGCAGUUUGCACGAUGAACUUGGUAAGUUCAGUUCUACACUCUACGAGACAGGGGGCUGCGACAUGUCACUUGUGAACUUUGAGCCAGCUGCAAGAAGAGCAUCCAACAUCUGUGACACGGACUCUCACGUAUCGAGUUCUACCUCAGUUCGCUUUUAUCCACAUGAUCUACUUUCUCUUCCUCAGAUCAGGUUGAACAGGCUGCUAACCAUGGAUACAGAUCUGCUGGAGCAGCAAGAUAUUGACCUGAGCCCUGACCUUCAGGAUCACAUGCAACCUCAAGAGGAAGCAGCUCAAAAAGUCAAGCAGUACUAUCGCUUUUGGAUUCUGCCUAAGCUUUGGAUUAGCAUCAAUUUUGAUAGAUUAACUCUUCUGGCUUUAUUUGAUAGGAAUCGUGAGAUCCUUGAAAACGUGUUAGCUGUCAUCCUAGCUAUUCUAGUUGCAUUUCUGGGCUCUGUACUUCUUAUAGAGGGCUUUUUCAAGGAUAUUUGGGUCUUCCAGUUCUGCCUGGUAAUAGCCAGUUGUCAGUACUCGCUGUUGAAGAGUGUUCAGCCAGAUUCUUCUUCCCCUCGACAUGGUCAUAAUCGUAUCAUAGCCUAUAGUAGGCCUGUAUAUUUCUGUUUAUGUUGUGGUCUUAUUUGGCUGUUGGAUUAUGGCAGCAGAAACAUAUCUACAACAAGAUUCAGGUUGUAUGGAAUGGCUUUCACCAACCCAUUGCUGCUGCUGUCAGCCAGGGACUUAGUUAUAGUGUUUACACUAUGUUUCCCUAUAGUAUUCUUCAUUGGUCUCCUGCCUCAGGUGAAUACAUUUGUGAUGUAUCUCUGUGAACAGCUGGAUAUUCAUGUCUUCGGUGGCAAUGCUACCACAAGCCUGCUUGCAGCACUUUACAGUUUUAUCUGUAGUAUUGUGGCAGUAGCAUUGUUGUAUGGACUGUGCUAUGGUGCCCUGAAGGAUUCUUGGGAUGGGCAGCAUAUUCCAGUUCUCUUCUCCAUAUUUUGUGGUUUGUUAGUGGCAAUAUCGUAUCAUCUCAGCAGACAAAGUAGUGACCCUUCUGUACUUUUCUCUUUAGUGCAAUCAAAAUUUUUUCCUAAUUCUGAAGACAAAAACCCUGAGGAUCCUCUGUCUGAAGUAAAAGAUCCUUUACCUGAAAAGCUUAGAAAUUCUGUGAGUGAACGAUUGCAGUCUGACCUGAUUGUGUGUAUAGUCAUUGGUGUACUCUAUUUUGCAAUUCACGUCAGUACAGUAUUUACAGUUUUACAGCCUAUUUUAAGUUAUGUUCUCUAUGCAUUGGUGGGUACGGUAGGCUUUGUGACCCAUUAUGUUCUGCCUCAACUCCGAAAGCAACUUCCUUGGCAUUGCUUUUCUCACCCGCUGCUGAAAACCAAGGAAUACUAUCAGUUUGAAGUCCGAAAUGCUGCACAUGUUAUGUGGUUUGAGAAACUUCACAUUUGGCUCCUUUUUGUAGAGAAGAACGUUAUCUAUCCACUGAUAGUCCUCAAUGAGCUUAGUAGCAGCGCUAAGAAUAUUGCUAGUCCAAAGAAACUGGAUACUGAGUUGGGUGCUUUAAUGAUCACAAUAGCUGGCUUGAAGUUACUGCGUUCAUCAUUCAGUAGCCCAACGUGCCAGUAUGUCACUGUUAUUUUCACAGUGCUCUUCUUUACUUUUGAUUACAAAAGUUUUACUGAGACCAUGCUGCUAGAUCUCUUCUUCAUGUCCAUACUCUUCAGCAAGCUUUGGGAACUCUUUUAUAAAUUGAGAUUUGUAUAUACCUACAUUGCUCCCUGGCAGAUCACAUGGGGAUCUGCCUUCCAUGCUUUUGCCCAGCCCUUUGCUGUGCCACAUUCUGCAAUGUUGUUUGUCCAAGCAGCUGUGUCAGCUUUCUUCUCUACUCCACUGAAUCCUUUUCUGGGAAGUGCAAUAUUCAUCACUUCAUAUGCCAGGCCUGUCAAAUUCUGGGAAAGAGACUACAACACAAAGCGUGUGGAUCAUUCAAAUACAAGACUGGCUUCACAGCUUGAUCGAAAUCCAGGUUCAGAUGAUAACAACCUGAAUUCAAUCUUCUAUGAACAUUUAACCCGUUCUCUUCAGCACAGCCUGUGUGGAGACUUGCUGUUGGGUCGGUGGGGAAACUAUAGUACUGGGGACUGCUUCAUCCUAGCCUCUGACUACCUCAAUGCACUAGUACACCUUAUAGAGAUAGGAAAUGGCUUGGUCACCUUCCAGCUGAGGGGGCUUGAAUUCAGAGGAACUUACUGCCAGCAACGAGAAGUAGAGGCCAUCACUGAAGGUGUAGAGGAAGAUGAAGGUUUUUGUUGCUGUGAACCAGGCCACCUUCCUCAUAUGCUUUCCUUUAAUGCUGCCUUUGGGCAGCGUUGGCUGGCUUGGGAAGUGCUUGUGACAAAGUAUGUUCUGGAGGGUUAUAGCAUCACUGACAACAGUGCAGCUUCCAUGCUUCAAGUCUUUGAUCUCCGGAAAAUUCUCACGACUUAUUAUGUGAAGGGAAUCAUCUAUUAUGUCACAACAUCCCCCAAGCUAGAGGAAUGGUUAGCUAAUGAGACAAUGCAGGAGGGACUGCGGUUGUGCACAGACCGCAAUUAUGUUGAUGUAGACCCAACAUUUAACCCCAAUAUUGAUGAGGAUUAUGACCACCGUCUUGCAGGGAUCUCAAGAGAGAGUUUCUGUAUGAUAUAUUUGAACUGGAUAGAAUAUUGCUGCUCUCGAAGAGAAAAGCCACUGGAUUCAAGUAAAGACUCGCCCCUGGUGACAUUGUGUUAUGGACUGUGUGUUCUAGGGCGGAGAGCAUUGGGAACAGCUUCACAUCAUAUGUCUAGUAAUCUGGAAUCCUUCUUGUAUGGCUUGCAUGCCCUAUUUAAGGGUGACUUCCGUAUAUCUUCAAUUAGAGAUGAAUGGAUCUUUGCUGACAUGGAAUUGCUGAGGAAAGUAGUGGUUCCUGGAAUACGGAUGUCACUUAAGCUACAUCAGGAUCACUUCACUUCUCCAGAUGAAUAUGAUGAUCCUUCUGUCCUUUAUGAAGCCAUAACAACGCAUGAAGAAAAUCUAGUUAUAGCACAUGAAGGGGACCCUGCUUGGCGGAGUGCAGUUCUUUCCAACUCUCCCUCCCUCCUUGCUCUGCGUCAUGUGAUGGAUGAUGGCACCAAUGAAUAUAAAAUCAUUAUGCUGAAUAAGCGCUAUCUCAGUUUCAGGGUCAUUAAGGUGAAUAAGGAGUGUGUGCGUGGCCUGUGGGCAGGACAACAACAGGAGCUUGUCUUCCUGCGUAAUCGUAAUCCAGAAAGAGGAAGUAUCCAAAAUGCAAAACAAGCUCUGAGGAACAUGAUCAACUCCUCUUGUGACCAGCCAAUUGGAUACCCAAUCUACGUCUCACCUUUGACUACUUCCUAUUCAGAUAGUCAUGAACAGCUUAAGGAGAUUCUCGGGGGAGCUAUCAGUUUAGGAAACAUCAGAAACUUCAUAGUGUCCACAUGGCACAGACUAAGGAAAGGUUGUGGAGCUGGCUGCAAUAGCGGUGGAAAUAUUGAAGAUUCAGAUGCUGGAGGUGGAGCUUCUUGCACAAGUAACAAUGCAACUAUCAAUGAGUCGCAGAGCAGCAUGUCGCAAGGAGGAGGGAAUGUAACUACAGGGCAGGGACCUGGAGCAGUACAGCACCCUCCUGUUGCAGCUCAUCCCACAACUCUUCCUGCAGCUCAUCCACCAACUCAUCCCUCCACUUUGGGCACCAGUCACAGCUCUCACUCUGUGCAGUCAAGCCUUGUCAGACAUUCCCCUGCCCGUGCCUCAGUAGCUAGCCAUUCAUCUUAUUGCUACGGCAGUCGUCAUUCAUCUCUUCGCACAUCCACAACAGGCUUUGUGCCUUGUCGGCGCUCUUCCACCAGUCAGAUAUCCCUUCGUAACCUCCCAUCAUCCAUCCAGUCCCGCCUAUCUAUGGUGAACCAAAUGGAAUCUACUGGCCAGACUGGGGUCAGCGCGCAGCAUGGACUGCCCUCUUCUAGCAGCUCCAGCCAAAGCAUCCCAGCCUGUAAACAGCAUGCCCUUGCGGGCUUUCUAGGGACAGAAGGAGGGAGUAGUGCAACUGAAACUCAGUCAGGUGGUAAUGCAAGCCCUGCAAAUCAAAUGCAAGCCAAAAAGGAUGACGUUAUUUACAGAAUCCAGGAAGAAGUUUUCAGGAGUUUUCUCCUGCUGCCCCUGUGGAAAGGCCAGUUUACUUCAAAACAUGGGUUAAUGGAUCCCAGUCAAGUACUGGAAGGGAUCAACGUGUCAAAAAGGAAAGAGCUGCAGUGGCCGGAUGAGGUGAUACGGCUAAAAGCUGGAAGAAACAGCUGGAAAGACUGGAGUCCUCAGGAAGGCAUGGAAGGCCAUGUGAUUCACCGCUGGGUGCCUUGCAGCAGAGAUCCAAGUAGUCGGUCCCAUAUAGAUAAAACCAUCCUGCUGGUUCAAAUCGAAGAUAAAUAUGUUGCUGUUGUUGAAACUGGAGUCCUUGAACUUGGGGCUGAAGUGUAAAUCUCUUUGAGAUUGAAACUUACCCUUCUCCAACAGUUCAGAAGAGAGAAGGGUCCAGAAAAAGCAGCUCCCAGGACAUGAAACUUUGGUCCGGUUGUAGGAAAGGACUUGAAACACAGAUUUGUCUAAGUCACUUUCCCCAAAUAAACAAGUGUAAGAAAUUUUUUUAAGUUGUUAGCUGCUGAAGAAACAUUUGCAUGAAGGAUAGAUUUGUUGAGACAUAUCUUUUUGUUUAUAAAUUUUGUUUAUGCAUUGCGUAAUGCUUUAAAUCAACAAACUUUUCAGUUUUAAGAUCAGAGCACCUCAUAUUUUUCUAAUUGUUUUGCCAAAAAAUGCCAUGUCUUGUCACAGAGUGCGUGGAAUUCAUCCACCUUAUUUUAAAGAAAUUGACUACAAACCUUCAGUUUGGUGAAACAGUGUAAGGGUUCCAGGUGUGGCAAGAAGAGACUGAACAGAUGUAUAGAUUCUUAUUCCUUAUGAGCUAAACAUUAAUGAGAACUGCACUAAUUUUUUUACAGCAAUGCACUAAAAACAACCCUGAGAUUGCUGAAUUUAUUUAUAUAUAUAAAUAUAACUAUAUAAAAUACCAUUAUUUAAAUUGCCUUUGGGAUUAAUCCCCUCCCUCUCCAUAUACAUGUUGAUGGUAAGGGCUGUGCCAUGGGUUUGGUUCUAUGUUCUGUAUUUCGUACAAGUGCAUUUGCUGCAUCCUCUUCACAAUAAAUGGUAAAAUAACAAAUAUAUAGAAAAGCACCUGAGUAUCCCUGUACUACAUCAGACUCUAUUGUGGUGGCAGUGGUACCUCAAAUCUGUACAACAUGUCUAGCUUUAAAGUGGACCCCAAUAUACUACCUUUCAUCUGUCCUCCAUUUGCUAGCCAUGGCAACUUUGCUUCUUUACACCCAGAGCUGGCUAUGUUGUUUCAUUGGCUCUUCUCUGGCAGAGACAGUUGUUCAAGUUUUGUAGGGGGGAGGUGCAGGUCCAUGAUUACUUCAUGGAUGCUUGAAGGUUUUUUCGAUUCCAUCCAAUUUAAAAAGAAAAAAAACAACAACAAAACCCGAAAAACCAAACCAAAACAAACAAACAAAACAACAAAAACUUGACUUCAGCUUUUAAAGAGUUUUUAUAGAAGGCACAGCCCUAAACUUGUAUCACUUUUGCCACCUUGCCUUUUCUUUCCCUUUAGUCUUCAUUCUUUUCUAUGACUUGAAUUUUAUUUUCUGUGAUUAUAUAUUCUAUGUAAGUGUAAUUUGAGUAUUUAUAACUGUGAAGCUGAAUUAUUCAUGUGUUGCAUAUCCUAGGUUUUAUUGUAUUUUUUUUAAAAGUGUGUAUUCAGGGAAACAAGUAACUCAGAACUAUCAUGGGAGUGUGAGAGGGAAACUGGUUUGUUCUUGACUUGCAGUUCCUAUGACUCACUUCUCUUAAUCCGUAAGAAAAAGAUGUACCUGUUGUGAUUGUUUCCUGUUUCUGACCUGUAACUAUGUAGGACUCUGUGGGGAAACUGCACACAGUCCUAGCUUUUGGGAGCAGCCAUCUUCUUCCCAGUCACCUCCACUUCUUUAUAUGUAACAUAACCAGAAGAGACUUCUGAUACACCACAGAGGUUAUUGUAAUUAUUUCUCUGACAUCAGAGAAACCUUGUCCAUUAUGUACCUAAUGUAAGAGUGAAAUUAUAUGGGUUGAGAAGAAAACAAAGGAAGAAACAGCUACCUAAGAGAUAUUGGUAUUCCGACUCAAGUCACUGUAUGCCAUCUAGACAUGGAAGGGUAAGUUUGUGUGCCUGGUAGCUAGUCAAUUCUAGACGCUGUUCCCAGCAAAUUAUACUGGGACCUUGCUUACAUCAUAUACUAUGCAAACUUGUACUCGAAGUACUGUGCAUCUUACAGUUGAAUAUUGCUAUUUGGUUUAUGCAUAUGCAGUCCCAUUUAAUCUUGGUAUAAAUGCACAGUUCUGGAUCUGCUACUGUUGAAAUAAUUUUGCUGUUCCAUGUAGUUUAUCACAUGUGCACAUUAUAGUGUAGUUGAAUUCAUCUCCUGCAUAUCUGAAAACGUAGUACAAUAGAUGAACCUUCUUCAGCAGUCUGGUGAUGUUGCUGUCAGGAAUGAAGAAAACAUGUAAGUUUUGAAUUGAAGGUGUUUUUGUUAAGGUUUUAUUCUGUGUCCUUCCCUUCAGGUAAUUGCAGGGUUUCCUGUAUCACUAGGAAUAUUGCUUCAUUUUAGAAAGAGGAAUUUGUUUGAAAAUAGGCCCCCAUUUGAUAUUAGUUGCACGAGGCUUUUUUCCUGUACUGAAGCCUUGAGGUAAACAAAUGACUGACAAACAAAAGACAUAGGGUUGUUUUGGUUUUGUUUUGUUUUUAAAACUUGACUGAAGCAACUUUCAGUAUGCUAACCCUGGCUCUGAACAAUCUCUUUCACCCUCUUCAGGGCAAGAUAAUGGCAAUGUCCAUGGCUGGUAAUAGACAUGAUAGGAAUUAAUGGCUUGUUAACACGAAAAUUCUAGAGAAUAUGUAACUGCCUGGAAUUCGAUCAGCAGAUGGGGGAAAAAGAAAGGCUUUUUUUAAGAGGCAAUGAGAAUCGAUGGAUCUUUCUAUUUAUUUUUUUAAUCUUAAAGGUUUUGGUGUGUUGCCUUCAGGAGAUGGAUUUUAAUGUGGCCAGUUAACAGGUUAAUACCUUCUUUCAGAUAUUCAGCAAACACCUGUUGCGAAGCCAUUCACAUAAUGCUCGUACGUAUUCCAGAUCUGCUCAACAGAAGCCACCUAGUUGAAAUUUCGCUCUUCCAUAAGGCUUUGGAAAAUUAACUUUUUUUAAAGUUUUCCUGCAUUCAGAACUUUUAAGAUUAAUGUAUGAUUUUGUGUUGGUUUGUGCAAAGUUUGUCUUAGUUUUCACUGUGCAAGUGACAAAACCGUGUUUGUUUUCUUCUAGCUCCCCACAGGAUAGAUCUGUCUAUGGAAACCUCUGUUCCAUUUGGAGAUAAUUUCAUCUUUUGUUUUCUUUUCUUUGGCCUUUGUCUUGAUGUGCAAUAUUUUUCUCCUGUUGUGAGUAUGGAAAAGAUGGGUAUUUUCAAAUUAGUCCUGUCAGUCCAGAUUGAGCUCAGCAUAGAGCAGAUUUUUUUUUUAUCUUCGUAAGCUUUCAUGAAAACCCAUUCUAGAUGAGUGCUUUAACUCUUUCCACUUGCAUUGUGUGAUAUUCUCUUGCCAUAAGAACAUUCCAGUUGAGUCCUGUUGGUUUAGCUUCCAGGUAGAUCCCAAUCUAUUUUGUUUCUCUCAGAUUUCUUUGAAGGUGACAUCUCUGUGUACAUAUGUAAGGACUUACUGCUCCCUACAACAAAUAAUUACAGAAAAGUGCUUGAAAACCCCACUAAUCAGAUUAUACCCACUGGUAAAAAGGGCUGCUACUUAAUUUUUUAAAACUUCUUCCUAUUUCACCUCCCUAUGAAAUCUCUUAAAAUAUUCUGAUUAAAACAAACAAAACCCUAAAAUGUGUAUGUGACACCACUGAUGACACCUAGACUUCUGUGCCACUUGCACUGUGUGAUACUUGCGAUGAAUUCUGGGGAUCUUUCUCGUGAUUCAGCGUUUAUGAAAUGAUUUCAGAGUUGGGGGAGAGCAAGGGGGAAGAUGAUUAUGAUGAUGAUGACGAUUUUUUUUUUUUAAGGCAAUUCCAUGUAGGUUGAAUGGUCCUACAGCCACUUUGCCUGGGACAUUUGGCAUGUUUGAGUGGUGAUCUCAAUUUUCCAGUCGGCUGUGUGGUUCAUCACCAGGCAUUCCUUGCCCCCAUGUUCACAACCCCUCUGGGAACUGAAGAACUCUUACGAGAAGCCUAGAUGACUGGUGAGGUGAAAGAUGAAGACUUGGGGCACAGGUCCAUGCCCUUGGCUGUUUGGCAAGUGGCCAUAAAGCCUGGUCUGGACUAGGGUGUGAGGGGUGAGGGGGGAGAAGAGAUGCCUUACAGUUGGAUUCAACUUCAGAUCGUUUCUCUGAUGCACACGCCACCGUACGACCUAGGAGUGUAGAUACAGAGGCGCUGCUUUAAAGAUCUUUCUCAAUUACAGAACUCUCCAUUCACAAAAUGGAGCAGGAUGGAUUGCAUUUCUUACCGUUAACAAUAUUAUUCAAAUAUUCUUCAACUUAUAUUGGAUUUCGGGUUAUACCACCACAGGUUUUAUGUACUUAAUUUUAUUAAGGAAUUUUAUACCUAUUAUAUAGGCAUCUAUUCUUUUCUUGUCUGGCUUGCUAUUUCAUAAUCUAAUGCAGUACAUUCAGUGGCGCUGGACUCUUUCAGAAAUUAUACUGAUUACUGGUGCCUUAGUAAAAAAGUGGGUACGUAACACCUUGGUGGAAAGUAAAGCAUGUGGCUUGUUUCACCCCAGCAUGAUAUGCAUAUUUCCAAAAAGGUGAUUAAGAUGGCUGCUCCAAAAGAUUUUGGGAGUAUACAUACAUCACAUGGUCACAAACAUCUGAAUAUGAGCAAUUUUUAUGACUUCUGGUAUGUAGAGUUUGAAUAGGUAAUCCCAGUAUACCUAGUCCACAACUCUGAAAGAUGGUGAUCAAAUAGCUGGAUAUGUUAAUUUGUUACACAGAUGCCCCCAAUAAGCUGCUGGUUAGGAAAUGGAGGGAGAGGGGAGUAGAGCAUAAAUGAGAGGAUGGCUUGGGUUUUUAAUGGACAAUGAAAACAUAUAUUGCCUCUACCAGCAAACAGAUACCUUGCCAGGGAUAGGGAUAUAUGUACCUGCGUGUCUGUGAGUGUGUAUGUGUCUGCGUGUGUUAUUGGAAACAGCCUGUAAAUAUUGUAGCUGUUUAAAAUGGAAAAGGCAGAGAGUUUUUUGCAACAUGUUGCAGCAAAAGGACAGUAUUGACAGUGGAGAAACACUGAGAAAUAAAAAAACCUUUUUUCA